AUGGCGGCCGCGAAGCUCGUGGCUCUGUUACUACUUCUCGCCUUCGUUUUCACCACCGGUGUCUUUUCCGAUGCCGGUCAAGAACCGACAUCUGCUUCUGAGAUUAAGUUUGAUCAGCUUAAUGCUAAAAUCCGUGCCCUAGAAUCCGAAAUUGAUGAGAAAAGCAGAGAAGUUAAAGGGAGAGAAGAGUUAGUAGCAGACAAGGAUAAACUUCUCCAAGAGAGUCAGGACAUGCUUUCUUCCUUGGAGACUCAGCUCUCUUCGCUCAGGAAAAAGGGUUCAUCAGAUUCUGUGCAACUGUUGGAAAAAGCUCAAACAAGGGCUACUGAGUUAGAGAAGCAGGUUGAGGUGCUUAGGAACUUUCUGGAGCAAAAGAACAAGGAGAAAGAAUCUACAGAAGCUCGGAGAAGUGAAGCCGAGAAAAAGCUUAAGGAAUUGAACUCAAGACUGGAGAGACUUCACAAGACAAAAGAAGAGCAGAAGGGAAAAAUUCGGAAACUUGAGCGUGCUCUUAAGAUUUCUGAGGAAGAAAUGUUGCGCCUGAGGCAUGAAGCAGCCACAAAGGCUAGAGAACUCCAGGAGGUUCAUGCCUCUUGGCUUCCCCAUUGGCUCGCUGUACACUGGAUUCAUUUCCAGACUGUUGCUGGGACUCAUUGGGAUGCCCACGGGAAACCGGUUAUGGAGAAAGUAACACAAAAGGUAACACAAGCAAAGACUGAAGCUGAAAAGUGGGCUAAACCACACAUGGUUAAUGUUAAAACUAAAUAUAUUCCAGCCAUGAAAGAGACUGUCAAAACACAUGUUGAGCCACACGUACAAACACUAUCUACCAAAGCGAAAGAGGCUUACCUUGCUUCCAAGGUUGCAGUUACUCCACAUAUUGUCAAGUUUCAAGAACAUGUAGAUCCCUAUUACCAGGAGGCUAAAAAGUUUAGCAAGCCAUACGUUGAUCAAGUAGUCACGGCGACAAAACCACAUGUCGAUAAGGUGAGAGCUACCAUGAAGCCAUACACAAAGAAGGCUGUUCACUACUACAAAGAGUUUCUAAAAUCUGCCACAACGUAUCACCAUCAGGUUCAAGCCAAUAUCGAAAGAAAAUUGAAAAGCCAUGAGCUGGCGGCACCUUUUGCUACCAAAGAGUUCGUUUGGUUUGCAGUAAUGACAGGUUUUGAUGCGGUCUCUUUGUGUCUCAGCGACAUGCAUAUGUUGUCUAAACAGCACAUAUUAGAGGUAUCCAAUUGCAAUACAGAGAAGGUUAGACAUAUGUAA